AUGGUCCGCGAAGGUGUGUGUUCUGUACGACGUUCCACCUUUUCGCUAACGAUGUUUAAACUAAAGACAUCGUUAAUAUUAAUACUACUGGAUGAUGAUUUACUUCGUUUUUACUACAACAAAUAUAAAGGAAGUUGGUCGGAAAUUGCAAAAGAGUUACCAGGAAGAGACAAUAGAGCAUGUUAUAAUCGUUACGAAAGCACCUUAAAGAAAUGGGAAAUAGACGGUUUGAAAGAGAAUUAUAAAUACUACGGUAAUCAUUGGAAUCUACUUAUUAAAGAUUUAGAGGGCAGGACCCCUUUGCAAGCCAAAAAUUAUUUUUACGGUAUGAAAAAACCUUCAGA